CAGAGAUCUACCGCGGAGAAAAGCCCGCUCAGUACCACAUUGUCGCUAGAGCGGUUUGGAGUACGUGCGCGCGCGUGUUACGUCGUCUUAUCAUAGCGCCCAGUUGGUGAACACAAAGUGGUAAAACCUCGUCGUAGGUUUCGAUGAUCUAAAAGUGAUCGGUAAUUCGUCGGUAUCUUAUUACCCAAUUUGGGUAGUUCAAAGGUAUCGAAAAGUAACGUUGCGAAGAGCUAACAGCGACUCAACUGACGGAGGUAAAAGCUAUCAGGCUCCGGUCUGGCAGAGGAAUUCGCUUCUCUCACCCACAACAUCCAUCUCACAUUGCGCUGGGAAGCAGAAAGUGCAGCAACCAUCAGUCAGUCGGUCGGUGUGGAACCGCGUGGUCCCCAGAAGCAGUCUCGAAGCCUUCGUUCGGUAUGGCAUCAAUCAGAAGAGCAUCAUCAUCAUCUUCCUCGUGGUACCUCGUGGUGACAAUUACCCUAGUGCUGAUAGUGCUGACAAUUUGCGGUGAAAUUCAAUCGACAGCAGCCGCUGCUUUGGAGGAUGCGCAGUCUUUCGCAGUGGAGGAUCGUUCGGACGGCGAGAUCUCGGAGCCGAGAACAUUUGGCCGGAUACGAAUGCUCAAGAACGUAAUGCUGCCUGUGAUGUUUCUGCUAGGUGGCGUCAAAACUCUUCUGAUAUUCCUAGUAGCCAUCUCCCUGAAGACGCUCUUCAUUGCCGCGUCUAUCUUCAUAGUAAACCUCAGCCUGGGAUUGGCCAAAGUGAUCAACUUCUUCAAGCAUGGCUACGGAGGUCAUCACGUGAAAGAAGGUUGGUCUCCUGGGCUAGAGAAAAAUAUCCACAUUCACAUCCACUCGGAUCCAAGUCAUCAACUGGCCCUGGAAGGGCCUCCACCCUCUCUCUCUUCAGUCCACAGCAGUGCCUCCCCGACCAUCCACAGCGGUGUCUGGAGUCCGUACUCCAGGAGUGACGUCAUCGAGCCGAUCUACACUUCUCCGGCGCAAAUCAACCCGUACAGCAAGUUCUACGGAUUACCCACGGCACUGACCAAACAGCAGACUCUGCCGUAUUCCGGCUGGCAGCAAACCAGUAGGAAGCUUCAGAGUUGAAUACACAAUUUGAUAUCAAAGAUUUUUUAGGGGGUACUAAUACCAAAAUAACCAAUCGAAAUUUAGACUGCGGUGAGCGGACAAUGCGAGAUUAGGAUGCAUGUAGAGAUGAGAUUCAUCACAGGUUUAAGUUAUUUAUUUCACUCAAGAAGGUGGCGACUUUUUUGCCCCCCUCUUGAGCAGCUUAGCUCAGUAAGAUUUCCAAUUAAGACUUGACGAAUUUGCAAGCGAAAAACAGUGUUAGGAUAAUUAGACGUUAAUUGACCACACGGAGGAAGAAGUUUUUGUACGAUUCAGCAAAUAGCGUGUGUGAGUUAAAAGUAAAAGUGAAGAGGCAGCCCUAUGCUGCUGGCAUAGCACAUACCAAAUGGGCGAUUUAACGGAUGCGCGAGCGCUAACUUAACUAUUUGUAGUGAAAAUAAAGAAGCUCUAAACUCAUGUAAAUUACCGAAUCAAAAA